AUGUCACGAAAAGAACUUAAUACUUGUUAUUUUUAUUCUUCUUUAUCUCCAUUCUCGCCUAUCGAAGGUUCCUCAGUUCAUAAAAAUUUUGAAGAAAAAACUGAAAAAUUUUCUCCGGCCUCUUCCCCAAAAGUUAAUAAUUAUUAUUAUGUUGAAACUGAUUCGUCAUUAAUUUCAACGCCACAAAUCAGUACACAAAAUAAUAAUAAUUUGUGUCAUCAUUCAUCACAAUCCAAACUCUUUUUUGACAACAAAUAUUUUGGCAACGUUAAUGAUCGUCAAAGAACAUUUUCUUAUGAUACAAAUAAUAACACAAUCUCACAUGACGAUUUAUCACAAAACACAACCAAUGACAUUUCAAAUAGCAAUGAAGAGAAUAGAAACAUCAAAGAGUUGGAAAAUGAUGCAUUGGAAAUGCUUAUUAGAUUGAGAGACAGCAAGAAUGAUGGCUCCAAAUGCUUGUUAGAUUGA